AACCCCCUUCCUUCUAGUCUCCAGCCUCCACAACGCGAAGCAGCAGUCCAGAGUCCAGAUUCUCUCAACCUCAUCGAAGCCGCUGGCGCAUGUCCGUCCAGCCACCGCCACCGUCCCAACUUCGAGCUUCGAAGGCAACGGCGCAACGUUCGUCCAGCCACCGCCGUUUGAGCUUCGAAAAUCGAAGCCACCGUCGCCGGUCUCACCUCUUGCCUCCGUCGUGCAGUCACUUCCCGCCGAUGGCAGCUCUAUUCCACACGACCACGUCGGCCACCUUCCCCGAAUCAAGAAUCAUUCGUGCAUCGUGCACCCCCAUUAGCCCCUUCGGAAGAAAAUCAAAGAGAACCCUAGCCCUAGGAUCCUUGCCGCCGCCGUCCCCAGGUUCUCGGCGCCUCCACUUCUUCUUCUUCUCGCUGUUCGGAACCCAGGUAGCUUGGUUCGUCAUCCCCAUCUUCCCUGUCUUCUCUGUUCGUGGCUUGGAGCAGCUCGCCGUUGGGUCGCCGCUUGCUGUCGCCUUGCCUAUUGUCGUCGUCUCGUCGGUUUCCAUCCGUGUCUCCGUCGAAGGUUCAGUAUUGGCUUCAACUUUCAAAUAGGAAUUGGGAGCUGGUGAAGAUAAUAACAUCUUCUGGAACUGAGUCUGUUGUUUCACUGCCUGAUAGAAAAGUAAGAUAUGAUCUAGAAUUACCACAGUACACAGUGAUGUUUGUUCUAUCUAGCUGGACUCACUGAGACAACUGAAAAAUAUUCUUUUAAUUUAACCUUGUUAAUCAUAUCUUGUAAAAUUCAGACAAAAGCAGGGCCUAUUUUGGUUGCCAUAAAUCCCUUCAAGAAAGUUUCUUUGUAUGGUAAUGAUUAUAUUGAAGCCUACAAGCGUAAGAAUUAAAAGGGCCUGUUUUGUUUUACA